AUGGCAACAACACUAUCUCUUCCACAACACACUCAUUUCCCUCUCAGAACCCUCACACUCACACUACCCUCUCAUCUCACACACUCCUUCUCCUCUCUCCCUCUCCCACAACAACCCUCCCCCUCUUCUCUCCCGGACGCAUUCUUAAUCGAUAAACUUUUCUUCCGCUUCAAACAAGGCGACCUCUCCUCCCUCCGCAACCACCUCCUCCGCUCAAACUCAUCAACCCUAAUCCCUCAACUUCUCCAAAAAUGCCACAAUUACCCUCUCUUACUUCCAAAUCUCAUACAAACCAUAGCCACCACGUCUCCAAAUCCAACAAUCACUGCUUCAAUGGUUCACUUUCUAGUUCAAUCCAAGAACCUUCCAGAAGCUCAAUCUCUUCUCCUCAGAAUCAUCCGAAAAAGUGGCGUUUCGCGUCUCGAGGUAAUCGAUUCUCUGGUUUCAAAUUCUCAUCAAAAUGGUGUUGUUUUUGAUCUGUUGAUUAGAACAUAUGUUCAGGCUAGGAAAUUAAGAGAAGGUUCUGAGGCGUUUAGAAUUUUAGCUGGAAGAGGUUUAUGUGUUUCGGUUAACGCUUGUAAUGCUCUUUUAGGUGCAAUUGUUAAGGUUGGAUGGGUUGAUUUGGCGUGGAAUGUGUAUGAGGAUUUUGUGAAGAGUGGGAAUAAAGUUAAUGUUUAUACUUUGAAUAUUAUGGUUAAUGCUUUGUGUAAAGAUGGUAGAUUGGAUAAUGUUAGGGGUUUCUUAGAUGAGAUGGAGGGAAAAGGGGUUUAUCCUGAUCUUGUUACUUAUAAUACUUUGAUUAAUGCUUAUUGUCGAAGGGGACUUGUUUCAGAAGCUUUUCGGUUGGUGGAUAAUAUGGCUGGUAAAGGGUUGAGGCCGGGACUUUUUACUUAUAAUGCUUUGAUUAAUGGUUUGUGUAAGGAGGGGAGUUAUGAGAGAGCGAGAUGUGUUUUGGAUGAGAUGUUGGGGGUUGGACUGUGUCCUGAUGCUGCUAGUUUUAACCCGAUGUUGGUAGAGAGUUGUAGGAAGGAGGAUGUCUGUGAGGCGGAGAGGGUUUUUAAUGAAAUGUUGGGGCGUGGAGUUGUUCCUGAUUUGAUUAGCUUUAGCUCGAUUGUUAAGGUGUUUUCUAGGAAUGGGGAACUUGGUCGGGCACUGGCUUAUUUUGAGAAGAUGAAAGAUGUUGGGUUGGUUCCUGAUACUGUUAUUUAUACGAUUCUUAUCAAUGGGUAUUGUAGGAAUGGUGAUGUGACUGGGGCACUGAAAAUGCGGAAUGAGAUGGUGGAGCGGGGUUGUGUUAUGGAUGUGGUUACGUAUAAUACUUUGUUGAAUGGAUUGUGUAGGGGGAAAAUGCUUGUUGAUGCUGAUGAGCUGUUUAGGGAGAUGGUGGAAAGGGGAGUUUUUCCUGAUUUCUACACUCUAACAACUCUCAUUCAUGGAUAUUGUAAGGACGGAAACAUGACUAAAGCACUUAGUUUGUUUGAGACUAUGACUCUGAGGAGCCUUAAGCCUGAUGUCGUGACAUAUAAUACGUUGAUGGAUGGCUUCUGCAAAAUAGGCGAAAUGGAGAAAGCUAAGGAGUUGUGGCGUGAUAUGAUAAACAGGGAAAUAUUUCCCAACUACAUAUCGUUUAGCAUUUUGAUAAAUGGAUUUUGCACUUUAGGUCUUGUGUCCGAAGCUUUCAGAUUGUGGGAUGAAAUGAAAGAAAAGGGUAUUAAGCCCACCCUGGUGACCUGCAACACCAUAAUAAAAGGCUAUUUGCGAGCCGGCAGUGUGUCAAAGGCAAGUAACUUCUUGAACAAGAUGAUUUCAGAAGGAGUUUCGCCUGAUUGCAUCACAUAUAAUACUCUUAUAAAUGGUUUCGUAAAGGAAGAGAACUUUGAUAGAGCUUUUUUCUUGAUUAGUAACAUGGAAGAACGAGGGCUGCUGCCUGAUCUCGUCACAUACAAUGCGAUUCUUGGUGGAUUUUCUAGGCAAGGUAGAAUGCAAGAGGCUGAGAUGGUAUUACAUAAGAUGAUUGAUAAGGGUAUCAAUCCUGAUAAAUCAAUUUACACAUCACUGAUAAAUGGGCAUGUCUCUAAAGACAACCUUAAAGAGGCAUUCCGUGUCCAUGAUGAAAUGCUGCAAAGGGGAUUUGUCCCAGAUGACAAAUUCUAG